AUGCGCGGCUUCGUCCUGGCCUUUCUCUGGGCACCCCUGGAGGCUGUGCAUCCCAAGGAGGCCCUUCAGGUCCUUGCGGAUGGCUCGCUGCAUUCCGGCCACCAUGCCUUCCAUCCCUUCUCGCUCUUGCGACACGAGCGAGACCGGGAAGGCGACCGAGUAAGCCAAGGGCUGCCGAACGACAGCGGAAAUAGUGACUUAACCCCGUCGCUGGCCAAUGUCACCAACUCCAUCGACCAUUUUCAAGGCAACGUCUCCUCUGCAGAUGUGAUGAGGGUGCGCAUGGACGGGCAUGGCGACACCUUGGAGCUGGUCAGCACCGUGAUCUUCACCUUGACCGUCAGCGUUUGGAUGAUGGUGGCCUUCAAGGUCCUCAGCUCCUUCUAUCCCGUGCUCUACUCCCAGCGAGAGCUGGAGCAUCUGGGCUUUGUGCCAGAGGGCGCGGGCUGGGCACAAGCGCUGCAGGACGUCACCUCCUUGUGGCAUCAACUGAAGCUCGCGAUCUUCCUGAAGGAGGAGCACGUUCUGGAAGUGCAAGGGCUGGAUGCAUGGAUGCACCUCCAGUUCCAGUGGCUGGCGAUGCGAAUCCUGCUGUUGCUUUGCGUGGUGCCGGUGAUCGUGUGCCCGCUCCACUGGACGCACGCCCACGCCGAAGAGCUCUUCUCGCGAUUGAACCUGGCGGUGGGCGAAGACCGGCACAUCGUGCUUUGGAUCCACGUGAUCGUGGUUUGGGCUGUGAGCACCAUGACCACUCGACAGCUGCACCUGGCCAUGAAGGGCUUCAUGGGGAAGCGGUACCAGUGGCUGAGCACCAUGCCAUUCCCGCAGUGCACCACCGUGCUGGUUGAGGGCAUCCCCGAGAACAUGUGCUCCGACUUCCGUCUUCACUCCUACUUCUCAGGGCUCUUUGGGGAGAACGCCGUGGUGCGCAGCUAUGUGGUGCGAAACAGCAAGCUGCUGCAGAAGAAGCUGGAGAGGCUGCGCAAGGCACAGCGAGCCUUGCAGAAGGCCAUUGCAGAGGGCGACCUGGCCUCCAAUCAGCUGGUGCAGUUCCGCCGUGAGUCCGUGGCUGACAUCAAGGAGGAAGUGGCUGCAGAGCGGAUACGCCUUGGCCGGUUGUCCCAUGCGCUGGAUCCCGAUGUCUGCACCAACACGGGCUUCGUGACCUUCCGGACGCGCCUGGACAUGCGCCUGGCGGCCCGGGAGCAGCUGGGCACAGACUCCUUCGCGCUGCAGCUCUGCGCAGCGCCGGAGCCCGAGGACGUGCACUACGAGAGCCUCAUCCUCCGGCCCAGCUUCGCCCAGCAACGCCUGGGCUGGCUCAGCGUCUUCAGCACCUUCUUGGCCUUUCUGCCGGCCGUGGUGUUUGUCUCCACCCUCCUGAGCUUGAACAGCUGGCAGCAGCUGUUCCCAGUCAUCCACAGGUGGCGGCGUACUUCGCCCAUUGCCAUGGAGAUGCUCGAGGGCGUGCUUGCCACGCUGGGCUUGAAGCUGAUGCUCAGCUUCAUCCCCUCCAUUUUGCUGAGGAUCAAGAGAGCCUUUCUGAAGCCUGUAUCCUAUUCUGUUGCCCAACUGCAACUGCAGCGGACCUACUUUACCUUCCUGGUGGUUUUCGUGCUGCUGGUCACAGCCUUUGCACAGGGCCUCAUCACCACGCUGCUCUACGUGGCGCAGCAGCCGGCGGCCAUCGUGCCGCUGCUGGCCAAGUCCCUGCCCUUGACCUCCCGGUUCUAUGUGAACUACAUCGUGCUGGGGUGGGGCUCAUGCAGCUGCGAACUGCUGCGCCCGGGGCCGCUGGUGCUGUACCUCAGCCUCCGCGAGUUCAUGUCCGAAAAGGAGGCAUGCCGCACCGCCGAGGAGGACUCCGUGCUCAUGGGCACGCGCGUGGCACGCUCCACCUUCAUGCUGGUCAUUGCGCUGGUCUUUUGCAGCAUCAGCCCGCUGAUUCUGCUCGCCGCGAUCGUGUACUUUUUGUUCGAGCGCCUGUCCCACGGGUACUUGCUGCUCUCUGCGGAGCCCCGGCAGGGCGACAGCGGGGGCGAGCUCUUCGUGCAAUCCCUGAAGCAGGUGCACAUGGGGCUUCUCAUCUACGUCCUGCUGAUGAUUGGCGUCUUAGGUGCUCGCGGCGUGGAGUUUGGCUUGGUGCUGGCUCCCAAUUUGUUUUUGGUGUCCUGGUCAUUGCUCAGCUUGGACAGCUUUCUUUGGACAUCCCUACCUUUGGAUCAGGUCAUGGAUUUGGACGACAACGAUCCAUGCGCGGACGGCUGCGAGCACUUGGUCUACCAGCAGCCGGAAUGCCAAGAAGCACUGCAGACCCCGCAGAUCCUGGUCUCCAGGCCCUCCCAGGCGGAGGCAGCUCCGGCGCCCAAAGCCCCAGCCCGGGCACCAGCACCGGCGCCGGCGCCGGCGGCCGCCCCGGCGCCGGCGACGGCGCCUGCGGCCGCAGCGGCGCGGCCGAGAUCAGGCUCGCGCGCCUCGCGCAAGGCUCCCGAGGAGACUGGGCCAGAGCGCCCUGCUCAAGAGGAGGUCGAGGACAUCGAGUUCUGA